UGGAACAUCAUUUCAUUCAAAAGUAUCUCGUGCUGUUUCAGUUACUUUGGAUAAAAAAAUGCAUCUACUAUUUCUGUGUCUCGUCUCCAUUUGCUUUGUAAACAUUAGCACUGGCGCAGAUUGGUGUUAUCAGUCACAAGUGUCAUGUAACAGAUCUUGUGUUGGUCCAGACGAGUGGAAUGGAGUGACAGGUUCCUGUGAGGGAAGGGCACAGUCUCCCAUUAACAUCGUGACAAGGAAAGCCCUGCUCGAUGAACGCCUCACGCGUUUCACAUUUACCGGCUACCAGGACGUUUUCAACAGUCUUGUUCAAAACACUGGCCACUCAGUUCAAGUGGGCCUGCCUCACAGUCCCAGGAUCAGUGGCGGUUUGCUAGAAACCUCAUACAAGGCAAUAGAGCUGCACCUGCACUGGGGCAAGAAUGGAGGCCCAGGUUCAGAGCACACUAUUGACGGGGAACAGUAUCCAAUGGAGAUGCAUAUUGUCCAUAUGAAGCAGAAUUACAAUUCCUUGGCUGAAGCUCUUCAAGACCCUGCUGGAUUUGCAGUCCUUGGAUUCUUUUACGAGACGUCACCAAGUGUCAAUAAAAAAUAUGAGCCCAUCAUAAGAUCCUUGGAAAAAAUUAAACAGCCUGGCUCCAACACGUCUCUCAGUGACCUCUCUCUGGACUCGCUUAUCCCUGCACAAGAGAACCUGACCGUGUACUACCGCUACCAGGGCUCCCUCACCACGCCAGGCUGCUCCGAGGUCGUGGUCUGGACCAUGUUCCAACAGCCCAUUCCCCUCAGCGUGGAGCAGCUCUCUGCGUUCUCUGAACUCCAGUUUAGCAAUGGGGAGCCGAUGAUAGGGACCUUCCGCCCGGUGCAGCCCCUCAACAGCCGAACCGUGUACCGGUCUGGAAGCAGUGUUGUCCUGGCCAGCUCACUCGUCCUGGUCACCUCUCUCAUGGUCUCCAUUGGACUGUAACAGUUUUCACAUGGUAAUCCUUUAUCUUAGGAGACUAUUUAUAUUGUUGGAAUACAGCUGUCACUGAUACUACUAAUAAUAGUACUUAUUAGCGAUGCACUUCCAAAUUUUUAGUUUGACAUGGUUUGGACAUCAGAAAAAAAACUUCACAGCUUCAAAGAGUCACAUAUUAUUACAGUUAUAUGUAUCAGCCAAAACAAAUAUUUGUAUUGAUUUAAUUACCCCUAAUUUGCAUUGAAAAAGUGUGAACUUCAAACACAAUAGGGAACGUUUCAUGUUGUACAUAAUUAUACACCUAUUUUUUUUUUUUUUUAUAUGGAAAUGCUUUUCUUAUUUCUUAUUUUCAAUUGUCAGAUGGGCAAUAUUGCAUGCAAGAGAUUUUUGUCAGGAAUUAAAAUAUCAAACUGACAUUUUGAUUUCGUUAAAUUUGUGAGUGGGAGUGCGCUCAUGAUUGUGGCCAAGUCAAAAUAAAUGUGUGUGAACCUA